AUGGCUGUUGAAGUUAAGGUUGAAGAAACUCAGGUGGCUGAGGUUGCUCAAGAAGAGCCGAAAAAGGCUGUUGUUGUUGAAGAUAGCAAGAAGGAUGUUAUUGGAGAUGUGGAGGUGAGGGAAGUGGAUGCUGUUGAGAAUGAUGGGCCUAAAACAGUUCAAAAGAGUUCUUCUUAUAAGGAAGAAAGCAAUUUUCUUUCUGAUCUUAAGGAGUUUGAGAGAAAGGCCUUGACUGAGCUCAAAUCGAAGCUGGAAGAGGCGAUUCUUGGAAACAGUUUGUUCAAGAAAGAAGAGGCAAAGAAGAAAGAGAAGGAUGAGGAGAAGGAGAAGCCUGUGGAAGAAGAGAAAGAGAAAGAGAAAGAAGCCAAGGAUGGAGAAGAGAAAGAGGAGGAGAAGGAGAAGCCUGUGGAAGAAGAGAAAGAGAAGGAGAAAGAAGCCAAGGAAGGAGAAGAGAAAGAGGAGGAGAAAGAACCCAAGGAAGGAGAAGGAAGUGGAGAACAAGAAGGUGAAAAGAAGGAAGAAGCGAAACCAGAAGGGGACAAUGAGAAGGAAACAACAGUCCAAGGAUGUGAAGAAGAGAAGAAAACUGAGGUUGUUAUUGAUGAAAUUGACAGAGAUAUCUCCAUUUGGGGAGUCCCUCUUUUGCCUAGCAAGGGAUCAGAAGGUACUGAUGUGGUCUUAUUGAAGUUCUUGAGGGCUAGAGAUUUCAAAGUUAAUGAUGCAUUGGAGAUGAUCAAGAAGACCCUUCAAUGGAGGAAAGAAUCCGACGUUGAUUCAAUCUUGGAGGAAGAUUUAGGAGUAGAUCUAAGCUCUGCAUUCUACAUGAACGGCAUCGAUCGCGAAGGUCACCCUGUGUGUUACAACAUCUAUGGGGUGUUUGAGAACAAGGAGCUUUAUGAAAAGGCAUUUGGGGAUGAAGAGAAGCGCAAGCAGUUCUUGAGAUGGAGAUUUCAAUUAAUGGAGAAGGGUAUUCAAAAGCUUGAUUUGAAGCCAGGUGGUGUUGCUUCAAUUCUUCAAAUCAGUGAUCUCAAGAACUCCCCUUCCCCAUCAAAGAAAGAGCUCAGGACUUCCAUGAGCAAAGCUGUCACCCUUUUGCAGGACAAUUAUCCUGAAUUUGUUGCAAGAAAUAUAUUCAUAAAUGUUCCAUUUUGGUAUUAUGCUUUCAACGCCAUCAUAUCUCCUUUCCUAACCCAAAGAACCAAGAGAAAAUUUGUGGUUGCUCGCCCAGCCAAGACCACCGAGACCUUGCUCAAGUAUGUUCCGGCCGAGGAAGUUCCUGUCCAAUACGGUGGCUUCAAGAGGGAGAAUGAUUUCGAAUUCUCCAGCGAAGAUGGUGAAGUUUCAGAACUUCUAAUCAAAGCUGGAUCCACUGAAACCGUUGAGAUCCCUGCAGCAGAGGUUGGAGCGACAUUGCUUUGGGACCUAACAGUUGUGGGAUGGGAAGUGAAUUACAAGGAGGAAUUUGUGCCAAGUGAUGAAGCAUCCUACACCAUUGUGAUCCAAAAGGGCAAGAAAAUGAGCUCACAUGAAGAGCCAAUUCGCAACACUUUCAGGAACAACGAAGCUGGAAAGGUUGUCCUGACCAUUGAGAAUUCUUCAAACAAGAAGAAGAGAGUCUUAUACCGAUACAAGACCAAGAAGAGUGCUUCUUCUUAUUGA